AUGAGUGGCCCCCUAUUGUUCUGCGAUGGGAGGGAGAAGAAACCUAUGAUUAGCUUUUCAGGAAAUUUCCAAAUGAACAAUUUCAACGAAAUCUUUUCAAUUUCUUAUUUUACUAUGUUCAUAACUCUCUGUAUCCUCUCUAUCGCAAAUGGCUAUAACAGAGUUUCUGUUAUUCGUAUUAACAGCUACUGCCUAGGAGGAUAUGUUUUUUUAUGUGGUGCUAACGAUUUAAUAACUAUCUUGUGUAGCUCAUUAGAAUGUUUCCAGUUUAUGCUCUUCUACCUUACUAUUAUCUGGACUAUACCAAGAAAGAUGUACGCGAUCUACAUGAACAGCUACUAUGAAAUAUUUACUCAUGGGUGGCUGUGGUGGCAAGCUUCUUCUAGUUCUGGUUCAUGGUUUUCUCUGGGCUAUAUGGUUCAUCUCGGGGGGAGAGAUGGUGAGCUUUCAAGAAAUAGUGAAUGGUCUUAUCAAUACACAAAUGAAUUUCAAUUGGCACUUAUAUUCAUCACUGUAGUGAAUUGGGGCUUCAAAUCUUUCCCUAGCGCUAGCCCUUCUCAUCAAUGA